AGUCGAAGAACGAAAACAUGAAACAGAUGAUUAUGUAUUUUCUUUAUCCAUGUGCGAUUUGUUUUUGUACGUCUUAAAAUGUUUGAAAGAUAGAUUAUUUUUAUUACAUUUAUGUGAGAGUUUUGUAUGACAGAAGUAAUUAAUCAAAAUGAAAUGGAACUUUUUUUCUUUGGAAACUAUGUUUAAGAGAAUUUUUCGAUAUCUGUUGAAACGUUAUUUUGGUCCAUAUUUAGAGGAUUUUUCACAAGACGAAUUGACUUACGGAUUAAGCCAUGGGAAAGGGUCUGUAGAAAAUGUGCGUCUUAAUGUAGAGGCUUUGAAUGAACUCAGUGAAGAAUACAAUCUUCCAGUGAAUUUCUUACAUGGAUCCAUUGAUUUCGUUUCGAUUACUGUGCCUUGGACUGCUCUGCUAUGUGAAAACACUGUAAUUGAAAUAAGAGGACUGAAUGUGGUUGUCCAACCUAAAGAAAGACCUGAAGAUGUGUCUAUGUUUGAUUCAGUUUGGGGAAGCAUGGCAUCUAGCUUGCAGCUUGCUGAAGAAUGUUUAAAUUCAAAGACCGAUGAUGAUGAAGAAUUGGAUCUGUCAGAUAAAUCAGAAGGCCUUGAAAAAAUUGCACGCACAAUUGAUGCAGUUCUUGCAAAUAUGAAAGUAAGAUUUUUCAAUACAAGUUUUAAAAUAGAACAACUUCUUGAAAAUGGCUAUUCUGGAAUUGGUUUAGAAAUAAGAAUCAGCAUGGCAGAGUAUUUUGAUGAAGCUGGUGUAAAUGUUCCAUCGUCUGAAUUUAAUCUCCCUGGUGCUGAAAAAUGUACAUAUGAGCCACAAGCAUAUUCCAAUAAAAAAGUUGUGUUUGAAGGUGUUAAUCUAUAUACGUCUGAAUUUGUCGCCCAUGAUAAAACAUAUUUUAAAACAAAACCAAUUCCACCUCCAUCUUUGGAUCCAUCACAAUUUAUACCUGGAUCACCUGAAAUGCCUCCUACACAUUCCACUCUCCCUGUGAAAAAGAAUGAGCCUGAAGUUCAGAAUGAACCCAUUUUAAUUUCAAGGUUAAAUGGUCAACAAGAGCUGAAAUUAAAGUUGAAGCAAAAUGAAACUCUUAUUGGUCCUAAAGUGGAUGUUGAGUUUAACUUGGGAGCUUUAAAUUUAUUUCUUAUUCCACAACAAGUUCAUAUGUUAUUCGAAUUAAUAUUUGGUCUGAUGAAGCCCAGCUCAGAUUCUGAUAGUGCAAAACAUUUACCACAUUCUGUAUUGAAUAAACCUAUGAGACCUGCAGAUUAUGCACUUGUUGAGCAGGAACUUCUUCGUCAACAAACAAGAUCUGAAAUACCAACUAAAUCUCUGAAAAAUCAAAGAGGCUGGUCCUCUCAAUCUUUUGAUGAGUCAGAUGAAGAGUUUCAUCUCAUGCCUAUGGAAAAUCGACGUUUACAAGAAUUUCCAACUUCUACAAAUGAUAAUGAAUCCAUGUGCAGUAGUAUUAGUAGUGAUUCAAGAUCAGAGAGUGGACCUCAAAAAGGACAUAAAUCAAGAAGUUCUAGUGUACAAGCAAUGUUACAGGACCCAUUAUCAGAACUGACACAUUUCCGCGUUUGCUGUAGUAGCUGCUGUAUUAUAAUUCUACAUGAUGAUAGUGUGAAUGAAUCUAUUAAUUACAACCCAAAUAUCACAUUGAAGACUAAUUCCCUUUCACUGAAAGAUAGAGCUGAAAUUUUUUUCAAAAAUUUAUUAGACUUACAACUGUCUGGGUUUAAUUUUAAAGAUUUUAUGGAUGCUAGAGGUCCUUUGUCAAAGUUGUGUCAAGCAAAUCAUUUAAGGAUAAUGUCAUCAGCAAUUACCAUUGAUGGAAAUGAAAAAUCAUCUUCUGCGCAGCGUAUCUUAAAUUUUUGUAUUUCAUUGUUUCAACUAGAAAUUUUGGAAUGUUUAUUUGAUUCAUCAGCUUCUGCUAAAGAUGUUGAACCUACAUAUAUGCAGAUAUUAAAAUUUCAAAAUGCAGUUGGUGAAGCUAACAGUAAUGAAGAUAGAAAAGAAGCAUCAUGCAAAAUACGAUACCAGCAGAUAGAAUGCACCACACAGAAUCGAAAUGUUAAACCACCUGCAAAUAAAUUAGAUGUUCAAUUAGGUUUAAUGGCUUGUGAAGUUGACAUUUCCUUAACAGAUCGAAUUCGAACUCUGUUGAAUUUUCACAAUUUUUUCCCCCAAACUGAUACUAAAGAUAGUUCUUGGAAAAAUUCUGAUGUGGAACCUGUGUCUCGAAUUUCAUCUAAAACGGAAAUCAAUGUAUCGAGUCCUAAUUUAGAAAUAAAACUCAGAUUUCCUGUACCUGAUUUGAGAUCUGUUCAUGAUAUGGAACGUGUGCCAUGGUGGCAGCAGAAUCUCCACAAAGAAAUCCUAAUUAUGGAAUUACAAGAUGUUACAUUUAAUACUAUGAUGGAAAUUGAUACUCUAUGCACAAAAUAUGAGGCACAGUGCAGAGAUUUCCAUGGUUUAUUUCAAAUUUCACCUGAUACAAAGCCAAUUUCCUUCUUGAGGGUCUCUGUUGAUCCAGAUGCUGAUGAAAUGUCAAGGGACAGAGGUUUUGACUGGCCUAGGUUAGUUAUCCGCAAAAUUACUACAUCAGCGUUUGGUGAUUUAGAAUCUGAUUUACAAGCCACCGAAGAAGCUUUCUUCUAUAGUUUAAGUGAUGCACUUCUGUCAAACAUGGAAAAUGAACCAUCUCCAUUUUGUUCAUCUCCUGUGCUUUAUAAUAGUAAACUGAAAAAUAAAAAUAAUAUUGAUGAUGAUAAGAAAAAUAGUUUGUCAAAUGAAGAGGUAAUUAAGCCUGCAAAUAAAGAAACCAUUCUUAACUUCAUUGAACAAACUGUUAGUAAAAGUAAAUAUACGUUUGAUUUUACACUGCCGUCUGUCAAUGCUGUUUUACCAGACAAAGAUUUUUUUGAACUUUUAUACAAUAGAUUAGGGAGUGACUUGUUACUGUGGGAAAAUGCGUCAUUAGCUCCAACAAAUACAUACGAUCCAAGUGGUUUUAAAGUUCAUGUUCCAGGCUUGGAUUUCAAUCCCUGUGAAAUUAAAGAUUCUCUGGAUAGUUCUUGCUUUAAACCUUUUUCUAAUGAUUCUAAUUCAGACUCAGGAGAUGAAGAAUCAGCUUAUUACUCAGUAUCCGAAUAUUGUCAGCGCCAAAAAGAAAAACAGAAGAGAAGAACUGAUAAUCAUCGCUUCACUAAAUUGUCAUUAUCUUUAGCAAUAACCAAAGGAAUGCUUACAAUCAACACGCCCGCUUUGGAUGAAAAUGGGGAAGCGAUUUCAGACUUCUGCGGCAAAUUGCAACUCAGGGUGGAAGAAGGUUUAAUAUUUAUUGCUUCAUCAUAUAAGGGUGACAGCAAUGAAUCCUAUUUAUGUCUAUUAUCAGAAAAAAGUUGUCUGUAUCAUGAUGGUUUAAUUCCUUGUGAUUCAAAUGUGCCAUGUGUUCAACCAUACAGCAGCUCCCUUUCAAGUAAUUUGAACUGUAUAAUUUAUGAAUCUGAUAAGGGAAUGCUGCUGAAACCAGUCUGUGAUAAUAAAAAGAAUGAUAUGUUGAAAGUUUCCAUUCAUAUUGUUAGCAAUCCAAAGCAGCUAAUCAAAACUUUCAAAGUUGCAAUAGAUAUAUCUGAUGCCACCUUGCGCCACUACACCUAUCCAGUUCCUCAAAUUUGGAUUAACCAGUUUAUUGAUUUCUUGAAAGUAAAAGAUUAUCCUGUCAAUGGAUACAUUCCAGCAGCUGUAGUUACUGAGCUGCAUUUGAACUUGAGUUACUGUGCUGUUGAUUACAGGCCUUUAAAACUUCCUCUUAGUACUGCUCUUACAGUUGAGCAUUUUAAUAUGUCAUGCAAUGUAACUGCUACUACUCCAACCUUUUUAUUUAGAAUAAUAUCAGAAGAAUUACGUUUGUUCAUCUCCAAUAAAGCUUCAGUUAAGAAAGUUGACCUUCGUAAAAAUUAUGUUUGUGUAAUUGACACUGGGUUGAUUGAUCUUUCAUUCCGUUCCUGUAUGGAUGACAAGAACAAUCCUAAGUUAGAAACUUAUGUGACAAACAAUAAAAUAGAUAUACGGACAUGUGCAGAUUCUUUUAGAGCUUUAUUGGAUCUUGUUGUUUACCUAAGUGCAAAUGGAGAUAUGGAUACACAUUCUAGUACACCUCAAGUAGAAAAAAAAGAACCAACGGAACAGUUUCAAACUGUAAUUAAAACUGAUGAAAAAGAUUCAGAAAAUGUCAAUCUUUUAAUGGCCGAAGCAAUGAAAGAAUAUUCAAAUAUUCAUCUAGAAGGAAAAGAUAAUUCUAACUAUAUACUGGAAAAUCAAGAUGAUUUUGAUGCAUUCAAUGUAGAUGAUGAAUUUUGUAUCUUAGAAGAUGAUCCUGGAAUAGGUUUUAUGCCAAAAAAUGGAGAACCCCAGAUUCGUAUGCUAACUGAUCAACCAAUUAAAAUAAUUGAAAACCAUUUUGCAAUUCCUCCUGGAAAAUCUGAUGACUUAAAAGCUCCGGAGCAUUAUCCAGAUCCUGUCAUUCUUGUUGCUUUGAGAGAAAUGUGUUUAAUUUGGCAUAUCUAUGGUGGGAGUGAUUUUAAACAAAAGGAAAAAUUAAAGAAGAAAAUCACGUUUAGUAAAACAGAUACUGUUUACAGGUCAGAUAAUGAAGAAGGUUAUCAAGAUGCAAAGGAUGUUUCUAUUGAUGGUACCAAUUCUGCUGUAUCUUUUUGUAAAGUGACUCGUGUAGCAAAAAAUUCAGAUGAAAAUGCUUUGCUUUUCUCAAUGGAACAUGUUACUUUAGAAGAUAACAAAAAGACGAACACAACAGAAGUGUGGCUGCACAAGGGUGGGCCAUGUCGAAGUCAUGAUGUUCUAAUGGAGUUGCAGUUGAAUAAGGUUCAGUUUCAACGAGAAAUAUAUCCUGCUGAAGGUACAUAUGCCUCACGUUACAUUUUGUUGAUUCAGGAUGCGGAAAUCAGAGAUAAAUUAGCAGUUUCACAAAUAAAUAAAUUUUUAUAUCAGUUCUCAAGUCAAUCAAUGCCUCGUCAAUCUCAUGCUAAUAUGAUUGAUGUUAAAGCUCUUUAUACCAGGCCAGAUCCAAAGCAAUCGUCAGAAGAAUGUUCUCUUAGAGUGUCAUGUAAACCAUUGAGACUAAACAUUGAUCAGGAUUCACUUAUGUUUUUAAUCGAUUUCUUUCAAGAAGUUCUCGGAAUGCAAAUUGAUGAACCAAACACAGGAGCAGAAGAAGGAUUAACAAUCUUCGAAACUAACCAGCAAAGGUUUUUUGAAGAUCCAAUUGAUAAUAAAAAUCUUAACGAACCUCCAACUACAUCGGAUACAUUUUACAGGUUUUUCUCCUUUUCUCCUGAUGUUUUAAUACGAAUAGACUACCAUGGAAAACGUGUCCUAAUGGAACAAGGAGCCCUUUAUGGAAUUUUAAUGGGUCUUGCAAAUUUGACUUCAUCAGAAAUCAAAUUGAAAAGGCUUUGUUACCGUCAUGGUCUACUUGGUCAUCAGAAACUACUGAACUAUGCUUUGAGUGAGUGGCAACAAGAUAUACUUAAAAAUCAGAAAGGCCCGGUCUUGAGCGGAAUGGGUGGUGUCCACAGUGUUGUUCAAUUUUUAAAAGGUGUGAAAGACUUGUUUUAUUUGCCUGUUGUACAAUACCAGAAGGAUGGUCAAAUCGUUAGAGGUCUUCAACAAGGAGCAUCUUCUUUUUCGACAUGCACUUUUAUGGCCUUUUUGGAUUUGACAAGCCGAGUUGUUAGUGCAAUACAGGGUGUAGCUACAGUUGCAUGCGAUGUGCUUUCACCAGGACCUAGUGUGACAUAUAAAUAUCAAAGAUCUCAAGAAAACUACCGAAGAAAUUGUCAGCCUGCUGAUAUUAGAGAGGGUGUAGCAACUGCCUAUACUGUCGUGAAGGAGGGCUUAAGUGAUACGGCUCGCACAAUUUACCGUGUAGCUUCAGCAGAGCAUGAACAUAAAGGAGUUUCUGGUGCAGUUGGUGGUGUUCUACGACAAAUACCUCCCACAAUAUUUAAACCAAUAAUAUUAGGAAGUGAAGCUACUAAUUAUGUGUUGGGUGGUGUUCGACAUCAACUUUUGCCUGAUGCCCAUCAAGAAGAUAUCCAUAAGUGGCGGACUCAAAACAAUUAAUGUAAAUAUUGUAUUUUAAAUUGAAAAGCACAUGAAAUUUUGUAAGAAAUAUACAUAUAUGUAUAUAGUCUUUUAAAAGUUGUACAUUUGCUUAUAUUAUAUAAGCUUGACUUUGAAGUUGUUUUACAAAAUUUGCAUAUAGCUCGCAUUGAAUAUUUUAAUUACUUUGAUUAAAUGCUCAAAACGUUGUAGAGAAAAAAUAUUAUUUAUUCUUUGUGAAAUUUUUAUAAGUUUGUGGACAUAAAUAUUGUAUGCAAAAGGCACUGUGUAGAAAUUUUAAAAUUGUUUUCCUUAUGAUUCUGUGAUAAAUUAAUGUAUCAAGCAAAAUCAUAUAAUAAACUAUUUAAAGAUGGUUUUUUUACAUCAAUUGAUUUUUUUUCUCAUGAAUUUACUCUAAACAAUCAUUUUUACUUUUGCACUAGUUUGAAAGGCACAUAUUUUGAAAA